GAUGCAUAUCCCCUCCUCUUUCUCUCUCUCUCUCUCUCUCUCUCUCUCUUUUUGCGUGGCUAUGUGAACGUGAUACCAGAGCAGAACAGAGCAGAGCAGAGCUGCACUUAAUGCAAUUCACUCUCCUCCAACCAAUCGCUCUCCCAUUUUAAACUACUCUUUCGUCUUCUUGCUUCUCACUCUCCACUUUCCUUCUCCCUCAAAACCCAAAACUGCAAAAUGCUUCUGAAGAAUCUCACACUCUGAAAUCAGAGCAACAGCAGGAGCUGGAGCUUGUUUGUACUCAUCUUCUUCAAAAUGGGUUGCUGUGUCAGUACUGGUAGGACUUCUAAUUCUGCUGCUCAGACUUCGAGAUCUGGUUCUUCGCAUUCCAAAAUCAAUGGCAUUGGAAGCAGAGCACCCCCUCCACUGGAGGAGGAGUCUGUUAAGGAGGUUCUCUCUGAAACUCCCAAACCCAAACCCAAGCCGCCGCUGCCGGGUCUGCACGUUGGCUCUCCGGUAGGGGAGAGAAAAACAGAGAAAUCGUGCUCCGGGAAAGUCAAUGGGGGAGGAGAUAGGAUGGAGACGAAAAUCCCCAUUUACCCUGCUGAAGAAAUUUCUGAGGUUUCCGACAUUUGCAGCUUUAGUGAAACCCUGUCUACUACUACAAUGACAGAGAAGAUGAUGGAUGAUUACGAAGAAAUACGUCAGAGGAUCUGUAGAUCUCCGGCGAAAUUGCCCAAAAACCGGUCGCUCUCCGACGACUGGGUUCCGAGGAGAGAUAGACAGGUGGGGAAAUCGCCAUCGCGAAAAUCCGAUCAAUCGCCCGGCCGGUUAAUCGGCGGCGGUGUGGGAGCAGUGAAGUUGGUGCAAAGUAGAGACAUGGGACAGAGCAUCGCCAGGCGAAGUUUGAGGCCGGAGCCACGCCUGCCAAACAAGAGCGAGAAUUCAUGUCGGAGGUCCAGAUCCCCUGCGACCACUCGGACCGACGGUGUAGCCUCCAGAACCGCCACUGGGCGGAGCCCGUCUGUCCGGAGGUCCGGAAUGUCACCGGGGCGGGAAGCAACCACCGGAAGAGACUGUAACCGGAAAGAAGCACCACCGGCUCAGGCUACACAAUACGAGACUCCAGAGGGAAAAUGGCGGACAACAAACGAGUCCCUCGAUAACCCACUUGUUUCAUUGGAAUGCUUCAUCUUUCUCUGAUAUAGAGAAAUAUUCCGGCCAGUUUACCGGACCGGUGAGUGCUGUUUCCGGCACUCCGUUCAAUCCACCUUUUUUGUGUGUUCUACGGCUGGGUUUUCCAUUUUUGGGUCUGGAAAUUGUAGUAAGUUGUAAAUAAUGAAUGUCAAAAAGGUCAAUUUAGGAAAUAGGCCGUAUCGGCACAGUUGGGUAGGCGAAAUCUCUCUGUUUUCCCUGAAAGUAAAUCUUUUGCAAUGUUGGUACAGAGAUUUCAAUUUUCAUUUCCCUCUCUCUCUAAUUAACAUCUUAUGGAAAUUGAAGAUUUGUUAGUA